AAAGGCUUGCGUGCGCAUCAGACGCUGACAUUUCAAUUCGCGCCAACCUUUAUUAUUUUUUAAAAAAGCGCGUUCGAAAAUAAAAGUGUAGUGAUGUGACAGUUAUUUGCCGAUUCGGUGACUUUCAUUUUGUUAAUCUGUUCCAGAUUUCGGAUUAAAAAGUUUGCAAUAUGUUCCACUACGAAUACGAAAAGCGUCCGCCUUCGGCGUCCUCCUGCGCCAGCCGAGCCACGACCACCACCGAAUACAGCCGAUCUUGCCCGAGCGAAUACCGACGGGCCAUGUCGAGCGCCGAGCGAGCUAGACGGCCUUUACCACCAACACCAGUCACAUGUAGAUUACCUGCGAAGACCUCUGUUCCGUUGAAGGUGUGGAUCAUCGCGAGCGCCUCCUGUUUUGCUGUCUGUGCUGUGCUAGUGCUCGCCACCGUGGUCGUCACAAGAUGGGGCUACAGCCACCAAGUCUAUGAGGCUCCGGAGUCAAUAUAUUCUCAACCAAUACUGCAGCCAAGAAAGCUACCAACAUCUACCGAAUCAGAUAUUUCAGAUAUUUCAGACAUUUCCAACAUUGAUAACGACAGUUCAGAAGAACAAGAAAACGAAAUCCAAUUCCCGAUCCUAGAGAAACUAUCUAUAUUCAAGAACAUCGUUGCGAAUAGAGAUAAGAAGAAAAACCAUAGUCUCCUAACAAAACCUCAAAUGCACCCAGUGCAUGAUAUUAUUCAUCACGCUGAAAGAAAAAUUGAAAAGAAGGAUCACGCAAAAAUGCCAGAAGCAACUGAAGUUGCAGUCACAGAAAAGAAGGAUAUACCUGAUUUUAAACCUACUCUACCUGAUGUCUUCAUUAACAAACAAGAUAUAAAACUGCCAGAUGGCUACGUAGCAGUUCUAAAGAAAAACGAUAAUGAUUUCUAUGAAGAAUAUUACAAUGAUGAGAAUCUAUACGAUGAUUACAUGCAAAGCAAUACUAUGACAAGUUAUUUAAUAGAAAAAGUUCAAGAGCUACACGAUUGGAUAGUAUCAGAUCCUGAUUUCGAAGUUGCUGGUAAUCAUUCAAAGAAAAUUAAGUCUGGUAAUGAUUUUGGACAACUUUUGAAAGCUUUAAAUGAGAGUUUGAUAGAAGGUAAUGUAAGCAUAGUGAUGAAUAAGCUUAAAGACAUAUACUUUGGUGAUAAUUAUACUAGUACGAAUCAUAGUAGGAAGAUCAUUUUGAGUAACAGUACAGAUUUGCUGUCGUUUGGGAUUUUGACUCUGGAUGUGAUGCUCCUCCAUAAUAUUCAGUUGAUGGCGUGGGAGAAUCAGGAAGGAGUGAGAAACAAGAUGCUGAAGGACCCAGAUGUGUUCGCGUUCAACGCAUUAUUCCUGGACCCCAGCAAGGUGGAAUCUAAACAGAAUGAGAUCUAUAACACAGCUGCAUUUUCUAAACGCCAGAACCUUCGGCAAGAGAACGUGGAUGACUUUGACAUUGGCAAGAAUUUACUGGAGAACGUUCUGGAAGUGGGCAUGAGUACCGCCCGUGCCGCCAUUCAUCUUGGACGAGCUUAUAAGAAUACCAAAAUCGUCCUCAACCAGAUAUCGAACCGCGAGACCCUGAACAGCAACAUCCAGCAACAGAUCUCCAGAGAUAUCGACGGCAACACGCAUGCGCUCAAUCAUCUGAGCAGUCAGCAGGCAACGCAAACGAACGCUCACGGCACUUACACGGAGCUGGAUUGCGUGUGGCUGUUGUACUGCAGAAACUUGGCAGCCACGGCCAAGCUGAAUGCACCUCUUGCCACCAUGGCUAGGAUAAACGGGAUCGCGCUUCGAAUGCUGACAGGCGAGCUACCAGCUGACAAGGCUUUGGACACGAUGGUGUAUGAAGCUCUUACUGGUUGGACAGAACUACGCUGCAACGAUAUGUUCCCGAGGUGCAGUAACGUAAACGCGGCGACAGUAGUGUUAGACAGUAUUUUGCAGCCAGUGAGGAAAUCUCAAGCCAACAGAGUAUAGUUACAUAUAUAAUAUUACAUAUUUCUAGGCAGGUACCAUAAAUUGUACAAGAAUAGUUUAUAUCAAACAUCAUAACUUAGCUUUUGACUUUUCAGAUGUGGCUAGGUAAAUUAAUAUGAUGGCUAAAUCAUAAUACAACAACCUCAAAUAAGAAUUCAUCAUUUCAUAAAGAAUUA